CUGAAACAGAAGAUGAGUUAAGUGUGCUUAAAUUUAUUGUCUCAAACUGGUAUGAUGGCCUUAGUAGUCUUGGUAUGCUGAAAGUAUUGUUCAGAGAUAUGGUGAAUUUCAUGACAUUAUCUCAGGCAAACAGCAUGAUGGAUUUGCUGAAUACAUUACAUGGUCAACUGGAUUUUGGACUCAUCUGUGAUACUAUUAGAGUAACUAAACAGUUUGGUCUUCAACGGGAGAUUAAAAGAAGACUGCCAUCAUUCCCGGAAGUUAAGGAAGGAUCCAUUUCAAAAACAUUUACAUCCCACAGACAAAAGCUAAUGAAAUUUGGUACACAACUGACCAGAGACAAUGUGAGGCAGCUCGAUGCAUUAUAUAAUUCCCCUGCUAAGAGGUAUACCGACAGCUGGAGUAUGAUCAGUGAUCUAGAAGACAGAGAGAUAAUCAAUGAAAGUAAUAUGGAGCCUUUCAUUGAUUCCUUGAAACACCAUAAACUCACUGAGGCUUGUGAAGUACUAACAGAAGGUAUUCCUCAUUGUUUGAAAUAAGAACAGAUUAUAUG